CAGAGUAUUGAGUUUUCCAAAUCGCGCAGUCCUUCUUCUUCCUCCUUCUCUUAAAACCCUCCAACAAAAGCACAAUCAACCAUUCAACCACCUCUAUUCGGCGGCGCCUCUGCCAACCACCUCUAAUCGGCAACGCCUCUUUCAACCACCUCUCCUCCUCUGCUGCGCUAUUUUCGUUAUAACAUAUAUAUCGUGAGCUGAAGCAAAACAGCGACUAUGGGUUCAUACAAGGAGUCGGACCCUAACUUAGGGUUCCUCACAAAGAAAGAAACAGAAGUAAAGCUUCCUCGAUCCACCAGAGUCAAGAACAAAACUCCUGCUCCUAUACAGAUCACUGCAGAGCAAAUCCUGCGCGAAGCUCGGGAACGCCAAGAAUCUGAGAUACGCCCACCUAAGCAAAAGAUUACCGAUUCAACUGAGCUUGCAGACUACCGUCUCCGGAAACGCAAGGAAUUCGAGGAUUUAAUCCGUAGGGUACGGUGGAACGUUAGUGUAUGGGUCAAGUAUGCUCAAUGGGAGGAGUCACAGAAGGACUUCAAACGUGCUCGUUCGGUUUGGGAGCGCGCUUUGGAGGUUGAUUAUAGGAAUCACAGCUUAUGGCUGAAAUAUGCAGACAUGGAGAUGAAGAAUAAGUUCGUAAACCAUGCUCGGAAUGUGUGGGAUCGUGCUGUCUCUUUGCUACCAAGAGUGGAUCAACUGUGGUAUAAAUAUAUCCACAUGGAGGAGAUGCUUGGCAAUGUGGCUGGUGCUAGGCAAGUUUUUGAGAGAUGGAUGAAGUGGCAGCCUGAUCAGCAAGGAUGGCGCUCCUAUAUUAAGUUCGAGUUGCGUUACAAUGAGAUUGACCGUGCCAGGGGAAUAUACGAGAAAUUUUUGCAGUGUCAUCCUAAAGUUGAUGCGUGGAUUCGUUAUGCUAAGUUUGAAAUGAAAAAUGGGGAAAUUGCUCGAGCUAGGAAUUGCUAUGAGAGAGCAGUCGACAAGUUGGCAGAUGAUGAAGAAGCAGAGCUGCUGUUUGUGGCUUUUGCACAGUUUGAGGAAAGGUGCAAGGAGACAGAACGUGCUAGGUGCAUCUAUAAAUUUGCAUUGGACCAUAUACCAAAAGGACGAGCAGAGGAAGUUUAUAAGAAGUUUGUUGCGUUUGAGAAGCAGUAUGGGGACAAGGAGGGUAUUGAUGAUGCCAUUGUGGGAAAAAGGAGAUUUCAGUAUGAGGAAGAAGUUAGAAAGAAUCCCCUUAACUAUGACACUUGGUUUGAUUACAUUCGGUUGGAAGAAAGUGUGGGUGUCAAAGACAGAGUGAGAGAAGUUUAUGAGAGGGCAAUAGCCAAUGUUCCUCCAGCUGAGGAGAAACGCUACUGGCAGCGUUAUAUUUACUUGUGGAUCAAUUAUGCUUUGUAUGAAGAACUUGAUGCACAAGAUAUGGAGCGAACAAGAGAGGUAUACAGGGAAUCCCUUAAGUUGAUCCCUCACGACAAAUUCUCCUUUGCAAAAAUCUGGCUUUUGGCAGCUCAAUUUGAGUUACGAGAAUUAAAUCUCAAUGGUGCACGUCAGAUAUUGGGCAAUGCCAUUGGGAGGGCUCCAAAAGAUAAGAUUUUCAAAACAUACAUUGAAAUAGAGUUGCAGUUGGGAAACAUAGAUAGGUGCAGGAAACUAUAUGAGAAAUAUUUAGAGUGGUCGCCAGAGAAUUGCUAUGCGUGGACCAAGUAUGCUGAGUUGGAGCGUUCUUUGUGCGAAACAGAGAGAGCUAGGGCUAUCUAUGAGCUUGCCAUAGCUCAACCUGCAUUGGAUAUGCCCGAAUUAUUGUGGAAGGCAUAUAUUGAUUUUGAGAUAGCAGAGGGAGAAUUUGAAAAUACAAGAGCAUUAUAUGAGAGAUUGCUUGACAGAACAAAGCAUUUGAAGGUGUGGCUCAGCUAUGCAAAGUUUGAAGCUUCUGCUGCGGAUGACAUCCCAGAGGAUGAACUCCAAGAAGCUCUACAUGAAAAGAAGACAUUGUGUAUACAACGUGCUAGACGAAUUUUCGAUAAAGCCCUGAGUCACUUUAGAGUUUCUGCUCCCGAGCUGAAAGAGGAGAGAGCUAUGCUCUUGGAUGAGUGGCUAAAGAUGGAGAAAGACUUCGGUGUGAUUGGCGAUGUUGCAUCAGUUCAAGCCAAGAUGCCAAAGAAACUCAAGAGGCGGCGGCCUCUAAUGACAGAGGAUGGUCCAGCAGGAUUCGAGGAGUACUUCGAUUACAUGUUCCCUGAAGAAACACAAACUACCAAUUUGAAGAUCUUGGAGGCAGCAUACAAAUGGAAGAAGCAAAAAACUGGAGUUGAUGACGAGUAAUGUCGUCCCUUUUUGUUUUGUAAAUUAGUUACUAGAUUUGUAGUCAUCUGUAGUCGGAAACUGAAAAACUUGAGGAGAAAACAAGCUCACUCAAUGAAGAAAUAUUCUUUCGUGUAGAAUUGUUAGAAAAAGUUGUAUGACUUAUUGACUUGUAUACUUGUAUGAGCACGGUUAUUCUUAAGCAAAGAAGGGACGGGUGACGAAUCUGUAUGAAAUUGUCCCAUGUUUUUUUUUUACUUCAA